UGGUUAGGUCAUAAGACAGUGUAUGAUUUCUCGUUGCAUUUUUUAUUAAUUCUAAAGCUAAUAUAUUUAAAUUACUUGACAUAUAGUAGCGAGAGUGUAAGGAAACAGUUUCAACAACACAUACCCAUUUAUUUCCUGUUGUGUGUUGUUGUAAAUAUAUAGGAGCAAACGAUAAUACGGUUCAGACAAACGAUACAGAAUGCCUUCAAUUUCAAUUAAAGCAAUUGUUCUUGUUCAUUGGAUCUUAGUAAUGUGGACAACGCUUGGUUGGGCGCCAUCUUCAUUUCUUUACCCAAACUUGAGUGUAUUAAUUGUUGGUUUUUGGGCAGUGGCAGAUAAACAAUCGGUUGAUGCUGUGUUUAUGUUUAUUGUGAUGCAGAUUGGUUCAGUAAUAGUUGAUAUUGUUAAUUUAAGUCUUUACUUUCCACCUUACAAUGCAGUAGGUCAAGCAAAGUUCAGUGCGGGUAUGGCGAUUCUCAAUUUGAUUUUGAAACCUUUUUCAACAAUCUUGUUGUACCAAAUGUACAGUGACAGAGGGGGUCAGUAUAAUAUUAACUUUGGUCCAAACACACCCUCUUAUGACCAAAUAGAUGGAAAUCCGAAUGAUUCAUCCACAAAACAAGGGUCCACUGCAUAUUUCCCCCCACCCCCAACUGCAGAACAAGGAAGCUAACUUUUUAAAAUUCAAACUUUUAUUAUUACGAGCUGCAUAGAACUAUACUAUAUGGUUGUACAGAUUUAUAUAAAAGGAAAUGUGAUUUGAUUACGAAGAUUAAAGAGAGUUUAAUUACUGUGACUAUUGUAAAGAGACAUUAUCAUAGUUUGUUAAUAAAUUGAUUAACUUUUACAUUUUCACCACAGCAUAUAUGAUAUAUAUAAGUGCUUCUCAACUUUUUUGUGGCACAUCCCAAAAAUUAAUAAUAAGGAUGAAUGAAUGAUCAAAAAAUGCUCAAAGAUAAGUGUUAACUUAUAUUUACUGGUUUGUCUUAAUUGACAUUUUUUUAAGACCGCAGUCCAAUGCAUUUUUUGUAUUUUAUUAAGUAAAAUUAAUCCUAAUUUAUUACUAAAACUUUGGCAACACAAUUUCUAAAACUGCGCAAAUUUUACAAUCAUAGUAAAAGGCUACAUUAGCCACUGUAGUAGGCAACAUAUUGAAAUUGAACUAAUGAUCCAUUUUUGGCAACCCAGGGGUUGAGAAGCACUGCUGUAUGUAUAUUAGCAUUUGCUACUCAGUUAACUUUGAUGUUUUUCCAAUGUAAUUAUAAGUAAUAACCUCUUGGCAAUUCUACUUUACUAUUUUGUGUAAAAAAAUACCUUUAACUAAAUUUCUUUGACAAAUUAAGCCCUAUUUUAAAGGUAGCUGUGAGAUUUAAACGUAAGAAAAAAGAGUGCAAUUAAUGUUUUACACACUGUAUAAUAUUCAUGGUUGGUAAUACUAUGAAAUGCCACAUUACAAAUGUAUUAUUCAUGUCACCAUUCAGCUUAUGAGUCAUAAUACUAACAUCUUGUGUACGAAGCA